CGAUUUAUUGCAGAAAACCUGAGCUGUUGCAUCGUGAGCAGAAGAGGCCCCAGCGCUAGCAGCCAUGUGUGACGACGAUGCGGGUGCGCUUGUCGUGGACAACGGGUCCGGCAUGUGUAAGGCGGGGUUCGCCGGUGACGAUGCGCCACGAGCCGUGUUCCCCUCAAUCGUCGGCCGUCCGCGUCAUCAGGGCGUUAUGGUGGGCAUGGGCCAAAAAGAUUCCUACGUAGGCGACGAAGCCCAGAGCAAGAGGGGUAUCCUUACACUCAAGUACCCCAUUGAACACGGAAUCAUCACCAAUUGGGAUGACAUGGAGAAGAUCUGGCAUCACACCUUCUACAACGAGCUUCGUGUUGCGCCAGAGGAGCACCCUAUUUUAUUGACCGAAGCACCAUUAAACCCUAAGGCGAACAGAGAAAAGAUGACACAGAUCAUGUUCGAGACGUUCAACUGCCCCGCUAUGUACGUCGCAAUUCAGGCCGUGCUGUCAUUGUAUGCAUCUGGUCGUACCACCGGUAUCGUACUCGAUUCCGGUGAUGGUGUAUCUCAUACUGUACCUAUUUACGAAGGUUAUGCUCUACCUCACGCUAUACUGCGAUUGGAUCUCGCAGGUCGCGAUCUUACCGACUAUCUCAUGAAAAUUCUCACCGAGAGAGGUUAUUCGUUCACUACCACGGCAGAAAGAGAAAUCGUGCGUGAUAUCAAAGAGAAGCUGUGUUACGUAGCUUUGGAUUUCGAACAGGAGAUGCAAACUGCAGCGGCAUCGACGUCGCUGGAAAAGUCGUACGAAUUACCUGACGGCCAGGUUAUCACGAUCGGCAAUGAAAGGUUCCGCUGCCCGGAGGCCCUAUUCCAACCCUCGUUCCUGGGAAUGGAGUCGUGCGGCAUUCAUGAGACCGUUUACAAUUCUAUCAUGAAGUGCGACGUGGACAUUCGCAAGGACCUGUACGCUAACACCGUAUUGUCCGGCGGAACCACUAUGUACCCCGGUAUCGCUGACCGAAUGCAAAAGGAAAUCACCGCGCUGGCCCCCUCCACCAUUAAAAUCAAGAUCAUCGCUCCCCCCGAGAGGAAAUACUCGGUAUGGAUCGGAGGGUCCAUUCUCGCUUCCCUGUCCACCUUCCAGCAGAUGUGGAUCUCGAAGCAGGAGUACGAUGAGUCGGGCCCCGGUAUCGUUCACCGCAAGUGCUUCUAAGCGCCCCGCCCUUGCGCCCUCCUCUAUUUGCUUUUAUAAAAUUUUGUACAAUUCAAUACGAAAAAUGUAUUUAUUUUAUAUGACUCGUUAGAGACUGCACGCUGUUGCGUUAUCUUGUAAGUCAGUUAAUAUAAGUUUAUGUGGUUUAAUUAUAAUUUCGCUACAUU